AUGUCAAACCCCUCUCUUGUGUUGAACAAAGUUGACGAUAUUUCGUACGAAAACUACGAAAGCCCAAAGAUCGAUGCUUCCAACGAAGUCAUUGUCGAGGUGAAAAAAACUGGUAUUUGUGGUUCUGAUAUCCACUACUAUGCCCAUGGAAAGAUUGGAGAGUUUGUGUUGACCAAACCUAUGGUUUUGGGCCAUGAAUCUGCUGGUGUGGUUGUUCAAGUUGGCGACUCCGUCAAAUCAUUGAAGGUCGGCGAUAAGGUGGCAAUUGAGCCCGGCAUCCCCUCUAGGUACAGUGAUGCCUACAAGAGUGGCCACUACAACUUGUGUCCCCACAUGUGUUUUGCAGCCACUCCCAACUCCAAAGAGGGCGAGCCUAAUCCUCCAGGGACUUUGUGCAAAUACUACAAAUCCCAGGAGGACUUUUUGUUCAAGUUGCCAGACCAUGUUUCCCUCGAAUUAGGUGCAAUGGUCGAACCUUUGACCGUAGGUGUCCACGCUGCACGUCUUGCCAACUUGAAAUUCGGUGAGCAUGUGGUUGUAUUCGGUGCUGGUCCUGUUGGUUUGCUUACCGCUGCAGUUGCAAGAAAAUUCGGCGCAGCAUCUGUCACUGUCGUUGAUAUUUUCGACAACAAGCUUCAGAUGGCCAAGGACAUCGGCGCUGCAACACACACAUUCAACUCAAAGAGCUCGAAGCCAUUUCAUGAGGCAUUGCCAAGCGGCCACCAACCCGACGUCGUUUUGGAGUGUACUGGUGCUGAGGUUUGCAUUCAACAAGGUGUCCUUGCCUUGAAGCCUUCUGGACGCUUUGUUCAGGUUGGAAAUGCUGGCAGCAAUGUCCUGUUCCCAAUUACUGAGUUUGCUACUAAAGAAUUGACCUUGUUUGGCUCUUUCCGUUAUGGCUAUGGAGACUACAGCACUUCUGUUUCGAUCUUAGACGACAACUAUAAAGAUGGAAAGGAGAACGCUUUGAUUGAUUUUGAGGCUUUGAUUACACACCGUUUCAAGUGGGACGAUGCCAUCAAAGCAUAUGACACUGUUCGUGCUGGUUCGGGCGCAGUGAAGUGUAUCAUAGAUGGCCCUGAGUAA